AUGGACAAAACUCUUGGCGGGACUCUUACCAAGACUAAGUUGAACCGCCUUUUACACAACGAUAUGGCAAGUGAUUCUGUGUCAAAAUUUUCCGGAAUAAAUAUUACCAGAAAUAUUUCCAUAAAGGAGGCUGUAAGUGUGUUUGAAAAUUUCACCAUAAAUAUCGCGAACGUCGCAAAAGACAUGGCCAACACGGAAGAGGUUAAAACACUAAGAAAAUCCAUCUUUGAGGUGGCAGAGGCCGUCGAGAAUUUUGCUCUUAAUUAUGGAAAGCAGCACUUGAGUGAAAUGAGGCUUUCAAAAAGGAUCGUGUCCCCAAAAAUGGUUUUGGCCAUUCAAAAAGCCUAUCGCCAGAAUGCGAGUUACUUCCACUUUGAGGAACAACGAUGGCAAGCGAGAAUCGAUAUCGCUUCUUCAAAUUUUGAGGAAAAUGGAUCAUUGGUGGUGGCUUUUGUGUACAAGGAUCUGCAUGACCUACUUCUGACAGAUCAACCGACCAGGAAUAAAACAGUCAACAAAAGGUAUAUCAACUCCAGGAUAAUGGCCAUAACUAUGGAUCCCAAGCCAAAUAAAUUGGGAGAAAAUGUCAUCCUUAAGUUCAAAAACCUUAAG